CACACAUCAUCAUAUGGUACUUGGCACGAACUGCUCUGCCACCAACGGUUCCCUGUCCGAAUUUUGGAGUCGUUCAAGGCUGUUUCAAGCGUCGUAUUCUUCUGCACCUCAGUUGAACCCACGAAUCAAGCUCUCUCUGCGCUUUUUGCGAUGCACAACUGUGCGCCGCCGAACUCUCUUCUAGGCGCGGGUUAUGGCUGCGAUAAGCAUCCCGCCUUGAUUUUGGCAGUGCAGUAGUGCAGUAAUAGUGCAGUGCAUCCCGGCAUGCAUCAAGAUAGGCGUUUGCGGCACAGGGAAUCAGGAUCCUCUUCAUUCAGAUGCAAACUGCAUCAUGCUGGAUACUUUGGCAUGGCGGUCUCGUUGGUGGGGUGAUUGAAGAGCGGUGGGAAUUGGGUUUGGCAGAUGUAGUAAACAUACGGAGUAAGUAGAAAUGCCAUCGACGCAAUCCACAGGUAUCUGUACGAGUAGAUGGUUGGAUUGCGUGAAUUGAUUCCUCGCAGUGAUGAUUGUUGAUGCUGCCUUCUCUCUUCCAAUCAUUUUGCGCAGAUAGUGUUGUAUCAGCGUAAUCCUGGGCCAUACCUCACCUACCCUUGUGCCGCAGAACCAAAUCCAGAUCACUUUGAUUGCGACACCGACUCACUCACUUUCUCCCUCCACCUCCUCCCCCUUCCCUUCCUCUCCUCCACUCCAUCACUACCGAUAGUCGCUCCCCCCUCGUUUGGAGCAGGCACCUAGGAUCUACUUGUGGGUUGUGGGGAAUAAUCUCGAAAGUAAACAAUCGCUAUCGACUAUCGACCUGGCAUCGUCACAUCAGGCCCCACGACCGUUCCUUCCACAGACACUGCACUGUCACCGUCACUCGCUACGUACCCCGAAAGGCACAGCUACAGGGCCAAAGGAAAGAGAAGAAAAUUCCACGACAUCAUCGCGACGGAGAUUCGCAAUUUCCAAAUAGAAUCGUUCAAUUGCCUUACCACCACCUAAUUUCUAUUCCCCCCGCUCAUCUCGCUGCACAAUCUUUGCGUCGUCAAUAAUUCCCUUUGGAAGGCUUCUCACGAUGUUUGCGAAAUCUCUGGUUGCCGCGACGCUGUUGGCAAGCUAUGCGAUUGGCGCAUCAGCAAUUAAUACCAUUGAAGCUGUUGGCGCAAAGUUCUUUUACAGCAAUGGCACUCAAUUCUUCAUCAAAGGUCCGUUUCUCCCCCAAACAUUCAUCAAGUCUAAAUUCUAAUCUUUUCUACAGGCAUUGCAUAUCAACUCACCGAACACGAUCCCCUAAUCAACACCGAACAAUGCCAGCGCGACGCUGACUUGAUGAAGACGUUGGGCGCUAAUACAAUCCGUGUCUAUCAUGUUGACCCCAGAGGAGACCAUAGUGGAUGUAUGAGUGCAUUUGCAAAUGCUGGAAUCUACCUUUUGGUUGAUCUGGAUACCUUCAACACGCAAAUCAACCCAGUAAGGACCUCUCUCGCAAUCCGGUGAACUUCAACUGACAACCUCAUAGACCGUCGCAUCUUGGAACCAAACUCAAUUCGAUGCAUACGCCAAAGUCAUGGAUGCUUUCGCAAAAUAUGAAAACACACUAGGCUACUUUGUUGGCAACGAAGUCAUCGCCUUGAACAAUCAAUCUCUCGCUGCUCCAUAUGUCAAAGCUGCUGCUCGAGAUCUCAAGGCAUACAGAGACAGUAAAGGGUACAGAAAGAUCCCAGUCGGUUACAGUGCCGCGGAUAUUGCAGAGCUGAGACCUAUGCUCCAAAACUACCUAGCUUGUGGUACCAAUGCGUCCGAGAGCAUCGACAUGUUUGGUUUGAAUGCCUACGAAUGGUGUGGUGACAACACUCUCCAAACUUCCGGAUACUCUACUCUCAACACCUACGCCGAGACCUACAAUGUGCCCAUCUUCUUUUCUGAAACGGGCUGUAAUACUAACAAGCCUCGUACUUUCGCUGAUCAAAGCGCGAUUUUGGGCCCUGACAUGGAUUCUCUCUGGUCUGGUGCCAUUAUCUAUGAGUGGAUUGAGGAAGCAAACAACUAUGGUCUUAUUUCAUAUGGUCCUAAUGUUUCCGCUACUGUCACUGCAUCAAAUAUUCAAGGGGGUUACUCACGAGGAGGUACUCCAACGCCGGUCGCUCCAGAUUUCACAAACCUUCAAAAUCAAUGGAAGACUCUCAGUCCUACCGGGAUUGCUUCUUCCGACUACAAACCAAACUUGACCCCUCCACCUUGCCCAGCAUCCACUCCAAAUGGAUGGUUGGUUGACGGAAAUGUUAAGCUUCCAAGUGUUGGUCAGACUCAAGAGACUGGAUCACCAACUGCUGCUGCUACAUCCACACCUACUGGAACUGCCGCCACACCCAGCAGUACCAAGGGCGGAGCGAAUGGAGGAAAAGAGAUAACUGGCAUGGGACUGGGCUUAGUUACCGUCAUGCUUGGGUUCAUGUACUGGUUGUAACAGUACGUUAUGUGGACUUUGUUGUAUAUAGAUGCGGAAAUAGUCCCUUGAGAAUGCGGACUUGCGUAUACGAUAGUACGAAGGCGUUUUGGCGGGAUUCUUACAGCAUGAUUCAUCGAUUGAGCGCAUGAUAAACGAAGCGCGGCGUUUUGGUGUUUUUUCUCCCCAAUACACACAUCAUGGGGAUUGAUUUUUGGCAUUUUCAUCUGAGGGAAAGGGUGGGGGUAUAAUGUCAUCUUCUCUCUCUGUCUAACGCUACAUUUAUAUGUAGAUCAGAUUGUGGAGAUUGCAAAUGGU